CUGUCCGAUUCUGCCGGCUUCUAAGCUUGGAUUCACCCGGGAGAGCACCAUGCAGUGCCUAGGGGUCCCGAGUUGUAGGGGGCGGCGGCGGAGCUUGAGCCGCUCCCGGGAGCUCUUCCUGCGGGAGCAGAGUCGUAAAGUGGCGGCGCUCAAUGGACAGAGACUCGGGUUGCAGGGUGACCAGGACCUCCAGGCCCUUCUGAAGGGCAGCCAGCUCCUGAAGGUUAAGUCCAGCUCAUGGCGGAGAGAACGCUUCUACAAGCUACAGGAAGAUUGCAAGACCAUCUGGCAGGAAUCUCGGAAGGUCAUGAGGUCCCCGGAGUCCCAGCUGUUCUCCAUCGAGGACAUCCAGGAGGUACGGAUGGGGCACCGCACAGAAGGCCUGGAGAAGUUUGCCCGUGACAUACCCGAGGACCGAUGCUUCUCCAUUGUCUUCAAGGACAAUCGCAACACCCUAGAUCUCAUCGCCCCGUCGUCAGCUGACGUUCAGCACUGGGUGCAGGGCCUGCGCAAGAUCAUCCAUCACUCGGGCACCAUGGAUCAGCGGCAGAAGCUCCAGCACUGGAUUCACUCCUGCUUGCGGAAGGCUGACAAAAACAAGGACAACAAGAUGAACUUCAAGGAGCUGAAGGACUUCCUGAAGGAACUCAACAUACAGGUGGACGACAGCUACGCAAGGAAGAUCUUCAGGGAGUGUGACCACUCCCAGACGGACUCGCUGGAGGACGAGGAGAUCGAGACCUUCUACAAGAUGCUGACCCAGCGGGCAGAGAUUGACCGUGCCUUUGAGGAGGCUGCAGGGUCCGAGGAGACCCUGUCGGUGGAGAAGCUGGUGACCUUCCUGCAGCAGCAGCAGCGGGAGGAGGCGGCAGGGCCAGCCUUGGCCCUCUCCCUCAUUGAGCGCUAUGAGCCCAGUGAGACUGCCAAGGCUCAGCGGCAGAUGACCAAGGACGGCUUCCUCAUGUACUUGCUAUCGGCUGACGGCAGCGCCUUCAACCUGGCCCACCGCCGUGUCUACCAGGACAUGGACCAUCCGCUCAGCCACUAUUUAGUGUCCUCAUCCCACAACACCUACCUACUGGAAGACCAGAUCACGGGGCCCAGCAGCACGGAGGCCUACAUCCGGGCUCUGUGCAAAGGCUGCCGCUGCUUGGAGCUUGACUGCUGGGAUGGUCCCAAUCAGGACCCCAUCAUCUACCACGGCUACACUUUCACCUCUAAGAUCCUUUUCUGCGACGUGCUCAGAGCCAUCCGGGACUAUGCCUUCAAGGCAUCCCCCUACCCAGUCAUCCUAUCCCUGGAGAACCACUGCAGCUUGGAGCAACAGCAAGUGAUGGUACAUCACCUGAGGUCCAUCCUGGGGCCCAUGCUGUUGGACCGGCCACUGGAUGGGGUUACCACGAGCCUGCCUUCGCCUGAGCAACUGAAAGGCAAGAUCUUACUGAAAGGGAAGAAGUUUGGGGGGCUGCUGCCUGCCGGAGAGGAAAACGGGCCAGAAGCUACUGACGUAUCUGACGAAGAUGAGGCUGCUGAAAUGGAGGAUGAGGCCGUGCGGAGCCAAUUACAACAAAAGUCCAAGGAGGAUAAGCUAAAACUGGUGCCAGAGCUCUCUGACAUGAUCAAUUACUGCAAGAGUGUCCACUUUGGUGGCUUCUCCAGUUCCGGAAGCUCCGGGCAGGCAUUCUAUGAGAUGGCUUCCUUCUCUGAGAGCCGUGCCUUCCGACUGCUGCAAGAAUCUGGAAAUAGUUUUGUCCGCCAUAACGUGGACCACCUGAGCAGGAUCUACCCAGCUGGGCGGAGAACCGACUCUUCUAACUACAAUCCUGUGGAGCUGUGGAAUGGGGGAUGCCAGAUUGUGGCUCUGAACUUCCAAACCCCCGGGCCAGAGAUGGAUGUGUACCUAGGCUGCUUCCAGGACAAUGGAGCCUGUGGGUAUGUGCUAAAACCUGCCUUCCUGAGAGACCCCAACACCACCUUCAACUCACGCGCCCUGACUCAGGGGCCCUGGUGGACUCCGAAGAGGCUCCGUGUCCGGAUCAUCUCGGGACAGCAGUUGCCAAAAGUCAACAAGAAUAAGAAUUCAAUCGUGGACCCCAAGGUCAUAGUGGAGAUCCACGGUGUGGGCCAGGAUGUAGCCAGCCAGCAGACGACAGUUAUCACCAACAACGGUUUCAACCCAUGGUGGGACACGGAGUUUGAGUUUGAGGUAGCUGUGCCUGACCUUGCCCUGGUCCGCUUUGUAGUGGAGGAUUAUGAUGCUUCCUCUAAGAAUGACUUUAUUGGCCAGAGCACCAUCCCCUGGAACAGCCUCAAGCAGGGUGAGUGUUGGAGGGAAGGGGCUUGUCAGGAGCGGUGGGCAGGGCCUGGCUUCCCUUAGACUACAGCUCACCAUGCCUGGAGCAUCCUCUCCCAGUGACCAGAACUGCCCUUCCCACCAGGGUACCGCCACGUGCACCUCUUGUCUAAGAAUGGAGACCAGUAUCCAUCAGCCACGCUCUUUGUGAAGAUCUCUAUCCAGGACUAAGCCUGAGGCCCUGGUGAGGUCCACCCUGAGUGGACCAAGCUGGGUUCAC